UAGUUAUUAGCGUCCCUAUUUUACAAAUGGAGAAAUUGAAGUGAGCUUGCUCCAAAGGAGACCGCUAGUGGGGGUGGUGUAGGAUUCCAACCGUCAGUCUGACUCCAGGAGGUGCUCUUGUCCAUGAUCCAUUUGAUACAGGGCCUGGCAUACAGUAGUUAACGAAGGUUUUCAGUUCCUGCUACUGUCAUUAUGAGGCACAGAGGAGCAGGCUGAGGAGACUUUGAGGUCGCCCUUAGAGCUAACGCCAGCCUAGACCCUAGAAGCAGGUAAUUCGGUGGAAGAGGCGUGGUGGUAGCGUUGGUGAGGAACCCGUUGCCAUGGGAACAAGACAAGGCUUUACGGAGCGCAUGCGCAGAUCGGGCACAGGUUGCUGAACCCGCGAAAGGUGACGUAAAAGCGCAUGGGGUGGGGCGCAGGGCUCGGAACGUCAAAGCCCCACGUCCUCCGGCAUCCGGGUGGAGGAAAGGUGCGUCCCGUGGCGACGGCGGCGGCGGCGGCGGCGGCGGCAGCGACGACAGCAGCUCCAGCUGAACCGAGACCGGGCGGCGCGGAGCUGACGUGCAAAGCAGCGCGAAUGGAGGCGUAAGGGCGGCGCCCGUGCCCGUGAAGACACCUUCCGCGCAAACGGCAGCGGACCAGACCCAGAUCCAGGCUUUUGAGGCCCCGCCUCUCGGGCCUUGGAACUAAUCGGAUAGAGAGCGCGCGGGCCCCGGCCGCGAACUCGCCAAUUGCGGAGGGUGUCGGCCACCGCCCAAUCCGGAGCAGACAGGUGCGAGGUCCGGAAGGCGGAGACCAAUCAGUAGCGGUUGCGACCUGUUGGGGUCGGGCUCGACCAAUGAGGAGGCCCGAGUGACAUCUUUGCGCACCAAUCGAGAGUGAGAGAGCAUUUGUGCCCGCCCGCCCUUCCGGCCUGUGCGCUAUUUACCAGGGGCGUGCAGCCCGCCUGCCAAUCAGAACGCGGCUGAGUGGCCAGGCAGCCAACCCCGGAGGAGCGGCCGGCCGGCGUCCGCCGCACCCAGGAGUUGGGGAUGUCCUACAAACCCAUCGCCCCCGCCCCUAGCAGCACCCCGGGCUCCAGCACUCCCGGGCCCGGCACCCCAGUCCCCACAGCCGGAAGUGUCCCAUCGCCGUCGGGCUCGGUGCCGGGAGCCGCUGCCCCUUUCAGACCACUGUUUAACGACUUUGGACCGCCCUCCAUGGGCUAUGUGCAGGCAAUGAAGCCACCCGGCGCUCAGGGCUCCCAGAGCACCUACACAGACCUGCUGUCUGUCAUAGAGGAGAUGGGCAAAGAGAUCCGGCCCACCUAUGCUGGCAGCAAGAGCGCCAUGGAGCGCCUGAAGAGAGGCAUCAUCCAUGCCCGGGCCCUAGUCAGAGAGUGCCUGGCAGAGACAGAGCGGAAUGCCCGCACGUAACAGGACGCGCCUCUGCCUGGGAGUCUGGACCUUUCCUGGCCAUUGCAGGGCACCUGCUUCUCCCUGGCCUUCGCCCCGACUUGCACUUCCUGUCCUGUGUCCCUUGGUGGGUGCCCUCCAGGAACCAGGGGUGGCUCUCACUCCAGUCGGCAGCACUGCGUGGGACCCCCGCAGUAGGUAGCAGCGAGGUCACUGUGAGUCCCACCCAUGACCUGCCAGCAGUGUUGAUCCGGCUGGAGCUCUCUCCUUUCUGUGGCCCCCACCACUCAGCACUUACCCAGGACUUCUCACCACUUUAUUCCAGACCCCUUCUCCCCCAGGAGGGCCUCAGAAAGCCUGUCACCUCCCUGCCUUGUCUCCAGGCCAUAGCCACUCUUUUCUGUGUGUCUUUUGCUAAACGUGCCCUUUUUGUAUAAAUAAAAGAUAAUUUGGAGUUGUUCUCUCA